AUGAGGACCAGGAAAUCUCCUUGUCCCAUGGAUAAAACUUGGGGAGACAAACACGGAUAUUCCGGAGCCGAUGGAGAUUCCACCACAGCCUUGGAAGUCAUCAAUGGUGUCUGCCAUGAGAAUUCCAUGGAUGGAGACCUCAAAAAACCAAGGAAUGGCAAAAAACAACGGAAAAGGAAGCGUUCUCCCAAAUCCAAGCCCAAUUUUUCCAAACUGGAUUCUCUCCUGCUUGGAAUGUCGACCGACGGAGUGUGGUUGGACAAACCUUUGUAUGAUCAUGCAGAGAUGGAAUACAGGAAGAAAUUGAUGGAUUCCUGGAAUCAGGAAGUAGCUGAGAUUGGAUUGUUGGCUCAACAUUCCCCAGUCAAGAGCAAAUCUAAGGAGAUUCCCAAGGCAAGGAUGGUUUCCUCAUCCCAACAUUGUUCCCAUGGAUUCCUGGCUGCGUGUCAUCACGUUAUCCAAGGAGUUUGGCUCAAUAAAUUGGACUUUGAUAAAGCCGAGGAGAUAUUUGUGGAAAAAUCCCAAUUUUUCCUUCCACCAAAUGUUUUGGUUAUCCCAUCCGGAAGGGUUGGGAAUGUUGGGUUGGGAACUCCGGAUGAAGGUUACGUUACAGCUCUUCCUACUCCUGCCACGCCAAGUUUCGCUCCAGGAAUUAUUCCUACUUCUUCUUCCUCUUCCAUUCCCAACUUGGAUCAGCAAACAGUGAAUGGCAAACCUCAAAUUUCCAACUGGGAAACUUUAACUUCGGAAGUUUGGUUGGAAAAACCUCUUUACGACGGCGCCGAGAAGAAUUUCUACCAGAAGAUGUUGGAGAAAAACCAAGAAUUGGAAAUAUGGAAAAUCCACCAGGAGGAUAGGAAAAGCCAUCCCGUUGGGAAGCAAAAGGUUGGGAAAAACAUGGAAAUUCCUAAGCCUUUUCCAAGUGCUUCCAAGCAACUUCCAAGUUAUUUUUUCCUGCAUGAGGACAGCGAAUCCGUGUGGCUCGACAAGUCGCUGUACGACGCGGCCGAAUCCAGGUUUUACGCAGCCAAAACUUGGGAAAUGGGAUCAGGAAAGAAUCCAGAGCUUCAGGAAUCUACUGUAGGAAUUCCUUCCCAACCUUGGAACAUCCCAACGGCUGAAAGGAAGAAAAUGGCCGUGGAUUAUUUCCUUCACGACAAGGUUUGGUUGGACAAGUACAAAUACGACGACGCCGAGCGACGAUUCUAUGAGCAGAUGAACGGCCCCGUGGGCUCCUCCUCCCGUUCCCAG